UGAGUAUACUACAACAUAUCAUAAUAUUCUUAGCUCAAUACUAAAACCUUAACAUAAAUCUUCCUACAAAAAACUUAUAGCCUUACACUAGUAAGAAAUGGCCUACUCUAGGUACGAAGUAGAGGUGACAUUGUCAUCCGCCAAGGAUCUCAAGAACAUCAAUUGGCGUAACGGUCCCAUUAGACCGUACGUCGUAGCAUGGAUCGAUCCGGAUCGUAGAAUUACGAGCCGGGCCGACGACGAGGGGGACACAUCCCCAGAGUGGAACCAGACACUAACUGUCCCCCUCGACCGUCCCAUCGAGGACGCCACCCUUUGCAUCGACGUUGUCCACCACACGUCACGUGGCGAGGACAUCAAGCCCCUCAUCGGGUCGACGAAGCUCGACCUGUGCGACGUCGUGGACGACGUCGGUAUCGGGGGUCGCAUGACACGUAGUCUGAAGCUCAAGCGUCCCUCUGGGAGGCCUCAGGGGAAGCUUGAGCUCGAGAUCGUGAUAUGCGAUCCCCGGUCGUACCGUGGGUCGGAUCCGUACCCCGCCCCACAACAUGUUGACUACGGUGUCGUUCCCAAGGGUGGAUACGACAACUCACAUGUGGGUAACAGUGAGUUUCAACAUCAAACGUACAACACAACACCCCAGGGUGGAUACGCAUACGAGCAGCCCCCGGCUUACGGGCAGGCUGCCCCGUAUGGUAACCCGGGGUACGGGCAGCCCGGGUACGGGUACGGGUCGGAGCAAGUGGAGGAGAAAAAGAAGAGUGGGUUUGGAGGAAUGGGGACAGGAUUGGCUAUAGGUGCGGUAGGAGGGUUAGUGGGUGGUAUAGCUUUAGCAGAAGGAUUUGAUCAAUUGGAGGAUCAUAUUGCAGAUGAGGCUGCUGAACAAGUAGAGGAUGAUCUUGGUGAUGAAGAUGAGGAUUAAAUUAAUGGUGGUGGUUGCAUUAUUGGCUUUAUCAACUUAAUUAAUUAUAAUACUAAUCUCUUCAUGUAUUUUUUCUUUUAAUCUGCUUAAUUAAUCAAAGAUGUUGAAAUGCACUUA